AUCUCUAUGUAUACAAUCAGUUCUUGUUCCAGGAAAGUUGUAUAGAAAGACAUUUGUUUAUUUUUCAGUGCGUUCAUAAACAACUUCAGUUUUGUAAAAGUUAAAAAAAUGAGUGUGCCGGAUAAAAUACCCGUCUCAUUUGCUUGUCAGAGUUGCAUGCAACCCAUUAUUUUGGACGAAAGUUUAGACAAUAUCGAUGUUCACUCAAUGGCAGAACUUGAAUUACCAAUUUAUUCAGACAAUUCGAACACGUUAGAUACACAAGAUCCGAAUGCUUUUGAUCAUUUUGUGCCACCUUUUCGUUUGUCGGAAUCCAUCAAUAAUACCGGCUUUAUGAUGGUGUCGGACGGAAAGGAAAAGAAAUUGGGUACUUUGUUCAGACUCAAAGCAGAACUAUUCGACUGCCUUUCUUCAAAUUCCGAAAUUGAUCAUCCACUAUGUGAGGAAUGUGCUGAUUCUAUGCUAGAAAGCAUGGAUCAAGAAUUGAAAAUAGCCGAGAAAGAAUGGCGCGAUUAUAAAAACUACCUGGAUAAUCUUGAGCAACAACAAAAAUGCCCCAAUACGACAGAAUUAGAGAAAGAACUGAAUGAACUAAAAGAAAAUGAGUCUCGCAUGCUAGCAGAAUUAGAGCGCCUUAAAUUAGAGGAAGAAUCUUUAAAAGAAGAAGUGAAAAAGGAAGAGGAAGAAAAGAUAAAACUACAAAAACAAGAAGCAAAAUAUUGGCGAGAAUACACAAAGCAUCGUCGAGAAUUAAUGUUGACCGAGGAUGAUAAACGUAGCCUGGAAUGCCAAAUAAGCUAUGCAGAACAACAGCUGGAAAAAUUGAAAGAUGCAAACAUUUUUAACAUUACCUUUCAUAUAUGGCAUGCGGGUCAUUUUGGUACUAUCAAUAAUUUUCGGCUUGGCAGAUUGCCAUCUGCCGCCGUGGAUUGGUCAGAAAUAAAUGCUGCUUGGGGUCAAACAGCUUUACUUUUAUGUGCCCUUGCCAGAAAGAUAGAUUUGAUUUUCGAGCGCUAUCGUAUCGUACCUUUUGGUAAUCAUUCAUACGUCGAAGUUAUAGGAGAGAAUCGUGAGCUUCCCCUUUAUGGAACGGGAGGUUUCAAAUUCUUUUGGGAUACUAAAUUUGAUGCUGCCAUGGUUGCUUUUCUUGACUGCUUGACACAGUUUAGGGAGGAGGUUGAAAAACGCGAUACAGAAUUUCUACUGCCAUACAAAAUGGAAAAGGGAAAAAUUAUUGAUCCGUCUACCGGAAAUUCAUAUUCAAUUAAAAUUCAAUUCAACUCCGAAGAGCAGUGGACAAAAGCUUUAAAAUUCAUGCUGACAAAUCUAAAAUGGGGUCUUGCUUGGGUUUCAUCUCAAUUUGCUAAUGAUUAAUUUAUGCUUAAUUCUAAGAAUUUUAAUUAGUUCAAAAUAACAAAAGUUUGAAUUAAUUUUCUGGAAUAUUAUAUUUAUUUGUAAUAGUUCAUAUAAUUAUAUAAAACUUGCACUUUCAUCUGAAUAUAAAAUAUCGUCAUCUAUCAA